AUGAACGCUACGCCGUAUGGCGAGGGUUUCUCCUCGUCCGCCGACGUGAGCGGCGCUUCCGGGGCAGCCUCGAACUACAACGUGUCGAAAGAAGCCUCCCAGGCAAUCUCGAAUGGCUUCAAGUUUGCGGCAUCGAAGUCGAUCCGGACGUCGACCAUGAUCUUGGCUUCCUUCAACGCAUUGGCGGCUUUUGCAACGGCUAUGGGAAUCAUCUACGGUUGCUACACAUACAAGAGGAGGGCUAUCAGGAGAUCAUCCGAUGCACCAUCGGGCCUAUUCUUCAUUCACACCGUCGAAGUCUAUCCUCUCGUGCUGUCUUUCGGCAUUACAAUUCAGAGCAUCAUCUUCGCCGCCGCCCAAUCGAUUGGCCUGAAAGCCCUGUUGAGCAGUGGCUGCACCGUUGUUGCGAUCUUCACGUUGCCGGCUCUCUUUAUCGCACCAUAUAUUCACCUUGUUUUCGGAGUCGAGACGGCAGCGCGGGGCUUGAGGUCGCAAUUCUCUCCUCGACGAAGAUGGACCGUGGCAAUCUGCCUCGGCACUAUCUCAACUUUCUUGCUGGCGACCCUCCUCGUGGCGGCCAUUAGCCGAGCUCCCGACUUCUGCUUCGCAUCUCUGCUGUGGAUCGUGAAGCCUUAUGCCAAGGGUAUUUUCGCAGUCUUUUUGGGUGUGUCCGUCGUGCUGCUGCUCGUCAUUAUCACAAUUUUCGUGAAAUUGAGCAAGGGCCGCAUGGUCGACCCUACCGAGAGGAUGGCAGCUUCGAGGAUGAUCUACUACCUGAUCCUCGGUUUCAUCUCCAACGGUUUCAUUAUCCCAUUCUUCUUCAGCCUCACCUUCUUGACCGAGAAAAAGCAAAUCUUCCAGGAGCUGAACCUGUCCAUGGUCGCUUCUGUCGUGGCGAACGUCAAUGGCCUCAUGGUCGCUGGUCUCCAUCUGUUCCUGCGAUCACAGAACAACGCCUCCAUCGGACACAAUCUGGGAGAAUACGAGCAUCACAAGACCAAGUUCGAACCGCACGAGGAAGACGCUGGCUCGACUCACGCCCUGCACCCAGUUAACAGCACAAACGACCAGAACAGAGUAAGGUCGGACAGCAUAACGACGCUUCUGCGCGCUGUUGAUGCGGAAGAGGGACAGAGUCCCAGCAGCCCUACCUUCCGCCCGAAGGUUACCAUCCCACAAGCUCCGGAGCCCACUCAGGCACCUUCUGAGACGUCGCCAUCCCAUCUGCGAAAACAGUCAUAUUCUCUAUUUCCAAACAACCCGUUCGCUCCUGCUGCGGUCCUUCCCGCAACGACAUACGCACCUGCGGCAUCGAAGCCGCUGAGGGACACCUUCAGACCACCACCCAUCGUGAAGCCUUGGCUCGGGCGGGGACACAAGAGGGACUCUUCAAUCGUCUCCUCGGCCACUGUCCAAAUCGGCAUCCGCUUCUCCAAUGUGGAUGACUUCCAGCCCGCGAGGGCUAGUGAUGUACAGGAGAGCGAGAGGCCAGAAACAGUCUUGCGCCCUUCGCCCUUGGCGCAGUCCGAAGUCAGGCCCGAGUCUGAGGACGCGAGGAUGAAGACUUUGCCGCCGGUGCCGAAGGGCGAGAGCCCGGUCCAGAAGGUUGAGAGCGAUGAGGAGCAGUCCGACAGCGAGAGAAGCGAGGGGAGUGACCAGGAUGGACUGAUCACCUUGAGCUCCUCGGUGUACACUCCACAGGAGACUCCCCAGAGGAACACCUCAACCAAGACCACAAGAAUGCCUAGCCCCAUGGGCGUGGGCUUCAGCAACCCGGCCGCCCGCAACAACGGCGAGAAGCACGCGCCUCCGCGGCCAAACGCCGGUACAGCGACGACACCGGUGCCGUCGAACAAGUCAUGGAUCUAG